UUUCAUUUUCAGGUUGUGGGUGCAACAGUGAAUAAUUUAACAAUGAAUGACGAGGAACAAAAAUUAGCCAUUUUGCGUAAGGCGUUCCAGAUGUUUGACACCAAAAAAUCCGGAUAUAUUGAAACGAUCAAGAUUGCCACUAUUCUUAGCAGCAUGGGUCAGUUGUUUGAUGAGGUAGAACUUAACAAUCUAAUCACAAAAUCCGAUCCUGAUCGUUGUGGUCAAGUUAACUUUGAUGGCUUUUGUGAUAUCGCCACUCACUUUCUGGAAGAAGACGAUGAUGAAUCUACCCAGCAGGAAUUGAAAGAAGCUUUCAGAUUAUACGAUAAAGAAGGUAAUGGCUACAUCACUACAGCUACUUUAAAAGAGAUCCUUCGAGCUCUAGAUGACAAACUAACUUUAAGAGAAUUAGAUGGUAUUAUAGCUGAAAUCGAUACUGACGGAUCAGGCACUGUUGAUUUCGAUGAGUUUAUGGAAAUGAUGACUGGUGAUUAACAAAGAAGGACGAGAAGAACGUACUCUGGAUCAUUUUACUCCUAAAAUAACUGCAUUUUAAUAAGACUAACAACAUAAGCUUUUAUGAACCAAAUGACUGAUAACUUUGAAAAUUUACUUUUUCUAAUGUUUUCUUACAUUUAAUAAAAAACAAUAAUUGUCUUUUUUGAAAUACUACAAUAAAUGUACAGGAUAUUUCAUAAUAA